AAUCUACACCAUUCAAAUAAAAUCUAAAUAAUCUAAAUCACGGUAACUGUUCCAGGUUUCGGGAGGAAAAGCUUAACGGCUAAGAAAGUAAGUAAAGGGCGUGGGAGCGGGACAGCGCGUGGGAGUGAAUGUGGGGAGUGGAGUGGAGGGGAGGGGGGUUUCAGUCUUCACAAAUGUUUGUCAUACCAUAACAACGACAACGUGGCUGGGCAAAUGGUAUACUAUGCCUCCUGCGUAUAUAUUAUAUCAUCAUCUCAUCUCUUCUUGCGCGCGUCGCCCUUCUCCAAUUACACAGAUCCAUUUCCGAAGCCUAAGAUAUGAGAAAACCCUCAUCGGCGUCGUCGCGCCCAGCACAAGCCGCCCCUCCCAAUCCAUCUGCUAAGACCACACCCUGCUGCAGCAAAGUAGGCAUCAAGAGAGGCCCCUGGACUCCUGAGGAAGACGAGCUCCUCUCCAAGUACAUCCAGAAAGAGGGAGAGGGCAGGUGGCGAACCCUCCCCAAGAGAGCCGGUCUCCUCCGCUGCGGCAAAAGCUGCCGCCUCCGUUGGAUGAACUAUCUCCGCCCCUCCGUCAAGCGCGGCCACAUCGCCCCCGACGAGGAGGAUCUCAUCCUCCGCCUCCAUCGCCUCCUCGGCAACCGGUGGUCUCUGAUAGCGGGCAGGAUCCCUGGGAGAACCGAUAAUGAGAUUAAGAACUACUGGAAUACCCAUCUCAGCAAGAAGCUGAUCAGCCAAGGCAUUGAUCCCCGCACCCACAAGCCCCUCAAGCCUAAUACUCACCCAUCAACCAGUGCUGCUCCUUGUUCGCAUCAUCAUCUUCAUGACCGUAACAACUCAUCAUCCAACCCCAGCGCUACUACUAAACCUAAUCCCGAUGACAAACCCCCAAUUACUGAGCAGGACCCCAAUCCAUACUGUCACUCCUUGGAUCCAUAUGAUGAAGCAUUGGCCCUUGGGGAUCUGCCUGCAAUCCCCAUGUCCAACACCCCCAGCAAUCCCAAUGAGGAGGAGGACGAGGAUAUCAACUACUGUGCCGACGAUGUUUUCUCCUCUUUCAUCAACUCACUGAUCAACGACGAUGCCUUUUCUGCUCAGCAGCUGCAGCAGCAGGCGCCCCCACCGCCUCCUUGUAGUGGCAUCAAUGGUGUGGCCUGGGACGAAGAUCCCAACAGUAUGCCAGCCGAUGCAGAUGCUGUCCACUAGCACAGUCGCCCUCCAUCCAAUUCAGUACUUGUAUGAAGCGGAGUGCACUUAUUUAUUGCGUCUUGUGUGUAUCAUGUAUUCUAUAUUUUGGUGGUUCGUGUAUUCAUAUCAUAUGCAACAAUGAAGAGACCAAGAGAGGAAAGUAGUUGUCCAGUACAUGCAUGACACACUGGGGAUGUCCGUGUCAGCAUCUACGCAUGUACCUAGGGUUUUUAUUCAAUGGGUCUUGUAUCAUGCAUGUAUUCACCUGUGUAUUGUCUUCUCCAGUUUUGUUGUAUAAUAAACCGGUCUCCACUGUGUAAUAGAUUUGCAUCUUUUAUGUAUCACAUAUUCAAUUUAUAUCUACGCAGGAUAUGGAAAAUGCAUAUGUUAAUUCUACUCUCUCUCUCUCUCUACAAAUAUAUAUUCAUGCAUUACCUUUCUAAACAGAUCAUCAUAUACAUACAUAUAUACAUAUAUAUAUAAAUAUAUUACCUAGAUGACUUACUGAUCUAUCCUACAGUCCUGUCAAAUAAUUUAUUCCAAUCUAUGAGUGUGAACUUACAACAGAUGACGAAUGAAGACAUGCAUGCUUCGAUCGAAGUAAAUUAUCAGCUGGGAUACCCAGAGCAUGGUGGACAUGAAACUAGUUCAACUAAUACUGGCACGACACACGGACACAGAUUAUCAAACUGAGAAAUCCAUGUAGUACGUGGCCUAAUCAAUUUAUAGAUAUUAGUUUAUCUUCUUAUAGUAUUAGAUAUGAAUUAUAGAAGCAAUGAGAAUAGCAGGCACAUCUUAAAAACAUAUUAUUAGCUAGAUACCACUUGGUGCCGAAAUUAAAAAGACUUCAUGAUUCGCCAGGGAGAAAUUAAAGUUAAUCAUGUUGAAGUCUUAAUUAGCUUGCUUAUUCAUCCCCAGUCUUUAUAUGGUACGGUGUUCCUCCCUCACAUCUAUCAACAUUCAUCAAUUCUAACCAGCAUGAUGCCAUGCCCUUAGUUCACACAGAUGUUUUACUGAGACAUCGCAAUCAAAUCAAUCAGUCAAUUUGACUACAUUUAUUAGAUGUUACUCGUAAAUUAACAAUGUAAUAUGAAACUCAUGGUGUUUUCCAGCCCAGAUGUAUGUUGCAAUAUAAACAGUCCAUGUCCUCUUCUACACACACAAAUAG